GUAAACAAGGAAAUGUUUCUUUCGCGCUCUGUCCCGAACAUGAGCAAUGCAAAGUUCUGCCAUUGCUACAUGUUUAUGCCUUCCAUUCGGUCAUAGACUUCUAACUCAUAUUUCUCACCAUGGACGGUGCAUUGACUACUGAGCAUAAGGAGGAUGGGUCUUUGCGGAGGAGAAAGACAGAGGACGAAGGAGAGGAUCAGAUCGGGAGCAAGUUGUCAAAAACGGAAAGCACCGGUUUGGAGUCUUGCUUGGAUGAGCCAGUUGAGUUGAGAAGUGUUCAUGAAGUCAUCAAGUAUGGAGCCUCGUCUCUGCCAGCUAAGCAUUAUGACCCGGACACCACCGAGCCAAUCAGCACCGGCCUCCAGUCCCUGGAGGAGCUGUUGUCGUGGAAACGCAGCGAGGCCAAUCCCUUCAACGUGGCGACGGUGCCCCUGGCCAAUCGGGAGCCUUCUUUGGCCAGCACGCCGCACCGGACUCUGGUGAGUCACGACAUGAUGGGCGGAUACCUGGAUGACAGGUUUCUGCAGGGAGCAGAGUCGGAUGCUCCCUAUGUGUUCUACCACUGGCAGUACAUCGACGUGUUUAACUACUUCAGCCACAACAUGGUGACCAUCCCCCCUGCCGUCUGGACCAACGCUGCUCACAGACACGCAGUCAUCGUCCUGGGCACCUUUAUCACUGAGUGGACGGACGGGGGGAAGAUGUGCGAGGUCUUCCUGAAAGAGGAGGAGUCUUACAGGGCCGUAGCUGAUAGGCUGGUUCAGAUAGCCCACUGUUACGGCUUCGAUGGUUGGCUGAUCAACAUCGAGAACCCUCUCAGUGAGACAGCUGUGAAGAACACUCCUCUGUUUCUACGUUAUCUGACUGACCAGAUGCAUGAGAGAGUCCCUGCUAGUAUGGUGUUGUGGUAUGACUCUGUCCUGGAGAACGGACAGCUCAAAUGGCAGAAUGAACUCAACCCAUCCAACAGAGUGUUUUUCUCAGCGUGUGAUGGUAUCUUCACCAACUAUAACUGGACAGAGCAGAGCCUGGAGGGAAUGAAGGCCUACUCAGCUGCUCAGGGCCGGCUGGCGGACAUCUUUGUUGGGGUGGACGUGUUCGCCAGGGGAGACGUGGUGGGAGGGAAGCUGGAGACUAACAAGGCUCUGGAGCUGAUUCGUAAACAUGACUUCUCUACGGCCAUCUUUGCUCCAGGCUGGGUGUACGAGUCCAUCCCAGACAAGACUGCCUUCAGGAAGGAACAGGACAAGUUCUGGUCUCUCCUGUCUGACUUCCUGUAUGUCCACCGGCCCUCGUCGCCCCUCCCUUUCGUCUCCUCCUUCUGCCAGGGUGCUGGGACCAGCCUCUACUGGAGGGGACAGCGUGAGGUGGAUCGUAGCUGGUUCAACCUGGAUGCCCAGGAGCUGCAACCCCUAUACUACAAAGAGACCCUGGAGGGGGAGGGCUGGCUGAGGACCCAGGGCUGCCCCGAAGAUGCCUGGAGCGGAGGCAGCUCUCUGCUCGUAGAGGGCGUCCUACCCUCCACGCUGUCUAAAGUCUGCGCCAGGAUAUUUUCUCUCCAGGUGCCUCUAUCCUCCAGGGUCUUUGUGUCUCUGAUCUAUAAGCCGUCUCCUGGGGUCUCUGUCUCUCUGGAGUUAAAGACUGCUGACGCUACACUCUGCACACACAGAGGUGUUCAGGAUAUACCUACCAGCAGUGUUGAGCCUGCUGCUUUAACAGAGGACCACCAGUUGGUGAGACAGUUCUCUCAGAGCUGUGGACAGUGGAACCCACACGGAUGGACUGUCAGGUGUUCCCAGUUGGAGCUGCAGGGCUGUACUCUGAGGGAUGUGUGUGUCAGCGUGCAGCGUGAUGGAGGAGAUACGGACACACCCUUCAAAUGCCGGGUCGGAGAGAUUAUGGUGAGAGAGAGAGAGAGAGAGAGACCUUACCACAGAAUUACCCGUCACCAGAAUCAUAUCUGUCCCCGACUCUUAGGCCUGGGGCCUCAUUUAUCAAUAUUUAGAAACGGUUCUAAAAUACGGAAUUUAGAAUGUUUGUACGCAGAGAAAAAAAGUGUGAUUUAUCGAACAAUCCUAUGAGCGUCAUAGGCACAC